GGCGCGGAGCUCCUGGGGGAGGCCGGUGGAGAGGGAGCGGGGCGCGAGGGCGCUCGGCGGCACCGAGCGGGGCGCAGCCGUGCCCGAGCGGUACCCAGCCGGCUCCCCGGCUCCGACGCGGGCGAGGAGGCGGCCACCGCCGGAAGGCCAACAGACCUGGAAGAAAGACUUUGUCGUUGAGCUAACUCCUGAGCAUUCCGAGAUCAUUCAUCAUGAAGUAUGUAGUACAGGAAUGGCUCAGAGUAACUACCUUACUAUUCAUAGCUCAAGCAAUUUCUGCAAUGGUUCUUCCCAAUGUCACGCUCUUAGAGGAACUUUUGGAAAAGUACAUGGAUGAAGAUGGUGAGUGGUGGAUCGCCAAGCAGAGAGGGAAAAGGGCUAUCACAGACAGUGAUAUGCAAAGUAUCUUGGAUCUUCAUAAUAAAUUACGGGGUCAGGUGUAUCCACCAGCUUCCAAUAUGGAAUAUAUGACAUGGGAUGUAGAACUGGAGAGAUCUGCAGAGUCAUGGGCUGAAACCUGCCUAUGGGAGCAUGGACCUGCAAGCCUUCUUCCGUCAAUUGGACAGAAUCUGGGGGCACACUGGGGAAGGUACAGGCCUCCAACGUUUCAUGUCCAAGCGUGGUAUGAUGAAGUGAGAGAUUUCACGUAUCCACAUCCUCAUGAGUGCAACCCAUAUUGUCCUUACAAAUGCUCUGGUCCUGUUUGUACACAUUACACACAGGUUGUUUGGGCAACAAGUAGCAGAAUAGGUUGUGCAAUUAAUUUGUGUCAUAAUAUGAACAUCUGGGGACAGAUUUGGCCAAAAGCAGUCUAUCUUGUAUGCAAUUAUUCUCCUAAGGGUAACUGGUGGGGUCAUGCUCCAUAUAAACCUGGCCGACCCUGUUCUGCAUGUCCUCCUAGUUUUGGAGGAGGUUGCAGAGAAAAUCUUUGUUACAGAGAGGAUUCAGAAAGGCCUUAUUCUCCCCACGAACCAGAAGAGGAAACCAAUGAGAUUGAACAGCAACGGUCCAAAGCCCAGGAUGCAACAGCACAAAGCCGGCCAAGAAGUCAUUCACCUUCAGGCUCUACAGGCAGCGAUGACAGUGAGAAAAAUGAAGUAAUAAGCACACAGCAAAUGUCUCAGAUUGUUUCAUGUGAAGUACGUCUAAGAGACCAGUGCAAAGGAACAACUUGCAAUAGGUAUGAAUGUCCUGCUGGCUGUUUGGAUAGCAAAGCCAAGGUUAUUGGAAGUGUACAUUAUGAAAUGCAAUCCAGUAUUUGUAAAGCUGCCAUACAUUAUGGCAUCCUAGACAAUGAAGGUGGUUGGGUUGAUGUCACUAGGCAAGGAAGGAAAAAUUACUUUAUCAAAUCUUAUAGAAAUGGCAUUCAGUCACUUGGAAAAUACCAAUCUGCUAAUUCCUUCACAGUCUCUAAAGUAACAGUUCAAGCUAUCACCUGUGAAACAACAGUAGAACAAUUGUGUCCCUUUCAAAAACCAGCCUCACACUGUCCAAGGGUGUAUUGUCCUCGCAACUGUAUGCAGGCAAAUCCACACUAUGCUCGAGUAAUUGGAACACGAAUUUAUUCUGAUAUAUCCAGUAUCUGCCGAGCAGCUGUACAUGCUGGUGUAGUCCGCAACCAAGGUGGUUACGUUGAUGUUAUGCCUGUAGACAAAAGAAAGGUGUACGUUGCUUCCUUUCAAAAUGGGAUAUUUUCAGAAAGUUUACAGAAUCCUCCAGGAAGCAAGGCGUUCAGAGUAUUUGCUGUUGUUUGAGUCUAGUGAGAAAAAUGUAAAACAGGCAAGUGAAACCAGAGCACUUGGAAGAGAAUAAUAGAGGCCAUUUCUUAUAAUUUCUAAAAUUUGUAUAAAGCUGUAACAUUCUUGUACAGAAUAUAUAUACUGCUUUCCACCAAAAAAGUUUAAAAUACAUAUAUAUCUUAAUGAAAAAAAUCUGUAAAAGUAAACAUGGGAGAAAAAUUCAUUUGAAAAUCUAUAUUGAUAUAUAACAAUAUUUUGAAUCCUGUGUUAAUUAUUGCUAUAUUUUCUUAGCAGUUACU